AUGUACGAAUUCCGCGCGCCCUUCCCGGCACCCAGCAAUGAUCCCCCACCAAACGACCCCUCCAGCUUUUCGAAUCCGAUAGCUGAGCCAGAAAACGAAGAUGAAUGGGAAUACGAAUACUCAGCGACUGAAACUGAGACUUUCUAUGUGACCCUCGACCUCACGACCCCAGAUGUACCCGGACAGCCACGCCAGUUAGUGUAUAGAGAUGCAAAGAAGCAGAGAUACACGCUACCGGGAAUGGGGAAGCACAAGCAAAAGGUUCGGCUUCCGGAAGAUCAUUUGAGGGGUGCACCGGUCUAUAUGAUUGAAGAGGAGGACGACGGUGACGCAGAGCCGGCGCCGGAAAACAACGAAGGGGAGGAGGAAGCAGAUACUACCGCCAAUCGACAGAAUACCUCAUCAAAUGCGGGAGCAGAGAAGGAUAGAGGGGCAAACUCACAUUCGACAACAAACUCGCAUCCCCCUUCAGCUGGAAGGGCUGAAACAGAAACCCUAGCAAAACCGCAGCACUCUGCAGUCACCGGUGCUGGAUCACCUCCGCUUCCAACCGAGAACGACGAGGAGGAAGCAGACAGGAAUCCGUCUAGAUUUCGUCCGUUGCUAAAAAGACGCCCGGAUUCUCCGCCUCGGCCUAUCGUCAAGCCAGAGCCCCCAAGACCGACCGACGUCCAAAUCCUAGACAUCCACACUACUAAACCUCUCGUCUCCUACAAUGGCCAUGUCUAUGUAUGCCGAUGGUCUGAAAACAUCGGCACAGAACUGCUAUUCAUGUCGCACGACCCUACCAACUCCCUCCCAAAACUUCGCUCCCUAGGGGAUGACUGUAGCGUAGACCUGCUCGCUGCCUCUUCCGCACGCAUCGUGUCUACAUCCGUGCGUCUACAAAAGCACGGCGUCGACCAGCAAAAAGCCAAGUACGGCGCGCGUAAAGUUAAGCCUAAGAUCCCGCGCGGGCAAAGCGAGGCGCGGAACACGCAGGCCGCUUUUCUGGAGCAGUUCAUAGAGGUGAAGGAGGAAGCUGGCGAGGAGGAUAAUGUCACUGUACACGUGCAGAAGCGGCUGACCAAUUCAAAGUGGAGGGCGCAGAUGAUGGAGUUGAGAGUCAUGGAGCGGGAGAAUCUGAGUGAGAUUAUUCAUGGAGAACGCAGUAAGGCUAUGAGCGAGGAAGAGAUUGGUAGAGCAAGAGAGAGGCUGGCGGAGAUGGAUGAGGAGGACGAGGAGAUGAGGAAGGCGGAGGAGGGUGAGGGUCCUGAUCGGAGAUUCAGGAAGCGCAAGGCGAAGGCGAAUGCUAAUCCGGAAGAUCCUGGCACUGCGAAAAAGCCGCGGGGUAUCGACUGGGGGAAGUCGACGCUGCCUCUUGGGGACUUCUUGAACCGGGAAGAUGGUGAUGCCCAGUCGGUGGGGACGCCGACUGUGGACGGGGAGAGUGUGGCAGCUGGGAGCCCGCGGCAGAUAGAUGACGGGGAUGAGGAUGGCGAGGAAGGAGAUUUUGCGAGCAUGUAUCGGUACGAGCAGUACGGGUCGCCUGAGGGGAUGCGCUUCGAGCAAGAUGAGUCGGACGAGGAUGAUCUGGGGGCAGAGGAUGAUUAUUAA